AGGUGAUUGAUGAUGGUGUGUAUUCACAAGGUAGUGGUAAGUCUGCGUACACACUACUCUCCUUAGACCUUGAUUGUGGGAUUACGUAUUGUGUUGUUGUUAUUGUUCCUUUCUUGUUGCUUUCCUUAUUAGUUGUUAUGUUUUCUUUUCUUUUUUACUUAUUUGCUGCACUUGAAAGUUGAACCGAGGCUCCUUCAGAAAUAACCUCUCAACCUUGACGAGAUAUAGAUAAGGUCUACGUACACUCGACCUUUUCCAGACUCCACUUGUGAGAUUAUUUCACUAGAUAUAUUGUUGUUGUAGGAGAUAUGAGUGAAUCAUGAGUUCUCCCAUCUAUUUGUUUUCCUCCAUAACCCUGUUUGAUAAAAGUCUUGUGUGAUUUCUCUUGUUAGUUGCUCUGCCUCUCUUGAUUUUGCAGUCAAGUAGAGAAGUCUUGUUGUUUACCAUAACCAGAUUUUAAAGUUAGCAAAAGUUAGGAUGAUGUGAUUGAAAAGAUUAUUGGCUAAUGGGGCUAUUCAAAAAGCUUUUUUUCGUCUCAUGUGUUAAUACUAGUGCAGGAUGCUUUAAGACAGCUGUGUUAUUCUGAAAAACCAUGGCUAUCUACUUAAAAAAAGUCUACUCAUCAGUACAUAGAACUUAAAUCCUGUUUGUUUUUCAUAUUUCUAGUGUAAUUCUUCUUUUACUAAUGUUGAAUCUUGCUUGAUUAUUUUUGUCAUUUCUUUAACCUCUGAUAUUGUUCUUUUAUGCCAGGCCGGUUUUAAGAGAUAAUAUUUAGGUGGAGGUUUAGCCUUUUUAUAAGUUUGUCUCUUUAUAUACAUAGUAAAAUAUCAAAUGGACAUAUUUGUUGCUCUUGGAUUUCUUCUUUGUCAUUUCUGUUGAUUCAUUGAGGAUAGAACAAGAAAGGAUUUUCCCAAAAAACAAAUUCAGAGGCUUAUAAGUCAGUGUAAAGUGAAUAUGCUCUUCAUCGAAAAAAAAGUGUGAAGUGAAUAUGCUCUUCAUUGAAAAAAAGUGUGAAGUGGAUAUGCUGAUUAAAAAGUCUACUUCUACAUAUUUUCUGACUCUAGUGUGGCUGAUCAUCGCCUUGGUAAGUUAUUGCCUCACCAAUAGUUAAUCAGACACAAGACACUCCUCGGGCAGAUUCCUCCUUUUGCUCCUCUGUCCACAGGUCUUAGCAGCCGUUUCCAGCUGUUGUUCCCCUCUCAAGAGCAGGUUCUUACGCGUUACUCAACCGUCCACCAUUGGAAAUACCACUUUCCCUACGACUUGCAUGUGCUAAGCAUGGUGUCAGAGAUCAUCUGGAGCCAGGACAGGACUAUUCUUCUCAAGCAUUUUCUCAAUGCAGAAAUAAGAAGAAAGCCAACCAAUGUAGUGAUCAUGCUGAAGGAAGACAAGGAUCUCUUAGACAAGGAUUGAAUGAGUCAAGUUUUCAAUUGUCACGUGGCACUUCUGGAUCUCUUGUACUAUCGGCUCCGACCAUCAUGAAAAUAGCAAAACAAAGAUUACUCAAUCAUAUUUCACAGAAAUUUGAUCCUUAUUCCAUCAUUUUCAAUCCCCUUACUGCUAAUUCUGGCCUGUCUCCUGAGCUACUGCAGGAUUUGGACCUAGCUGAACUACUUCAAGCUUCUGCUCAACUGGUUGCAACUCGAACAUUUGAUCGUGCUAGAAAGCUGCUAAGCUUGUGUAACCAGUCUGCUUCUGCUACUGGUACUCCGGUCCAGAAAAUCGUGUAUUAUUUCGCUGAUGCUCUUCAACACAGAAUUGAUAGAGAGAUGGGGAAAAUGCUAUUUACUGGAGAAGAAGAUAUUGAAGUAUAUUCUAUUGAGAUGGAAGAGUUUAUCAUAGAUCUUGAACCUGCUGAAUUUGCAAAGAGGCCAUUGUAUGCCUACCGCCAAGCGACUAAAUUCACUGGAAUACAAGCCAUCUUAGAUUGUACAAUAACAGCAAAAAGGGUUCAUUUGAUUGAUCUUGCUAUAAAAAGUGGAUCACACUGGACAACGUUUAUGCAAGUUGUUGCUGAUCGAGAUGAAUGCCCACUCAAGCAUCUCAAAAUAAGUGCUGUUGGAAGGUCUAAAAAGAUGAUAGAAGAUGUAGGGAGGAGAUUGUCAGCUUUUGCUGCUGAGACAUUAGUAAAUGUCUCUUUUUGCUUCAAAACAGUGGUUUCAGACCUGAAGAAUCUCAAGACAGAUUCCUUCGAUGUAGAGGCUGAUGAAGUUGUUGCAUUUUACUCAGAUACAAUUCUUUGGACUAUGUUAGCUUGGCCUAAUGAACUUGAAUCUAUGAUGGAGGUUAUUAGAAGCCUUGACCCUUGCAUAAUGGUGGUCAUUGAAGCAGUAGCAAACACAAAUUUACCAAAAUUUAUAGAUUCUUUCGACGAGUCUUUAAAUCACUUCAGUGCUGUUGCUGAUUGUUUUGACGUUUACCACAAGGGUGUAGCAAUAGCUGGAGGAUUUUACAUACAAAAAAUCAUCAGAAAUAUGAUCACAUAUCAUGGAGAAGAGACCGUUCCUCGCUAUGGGGAUCUUAAAGUGUGGAGGGACUUGUUUUCCAGGUUCCAUAUGGUGGAAACAGAACUGAGCCACUCAUCCUUAUGCCAAGCAAGUUUACUGUUUGAGCUACCCAAGUUCCGCGGAUUCUGCACUUUUGAGAUGGAUGGAAAAUGGCUAGUUAUCAGUUGGAAAGGAACCCCAAUUAUCUCUGCUUCUGCCUGGAAGUUCCAAUAAUACUGGAGAGAAAAAGGGGGUCACAGAUCUGAAUUUUGUUAUCUCCCUUCAGCUUAAAGUUUCUUGUUUUAACAUUCUGAUAAGAGUAAAGAUAGAAGAUGUUGUACUUUCUCGUGUGCUUACUGUUUUCUUAGUGAAAAUUCUAGUUCCGUCACUGGCUAAUAUAGUCUCUCUUUUUUAUUUGGACCAAAAGAGCAUCAUGCCACACUUGUUGUAGUAUGAAAUGAGAAAUUAGAAGUUUUAUGUUC